UAAAGGAGGGUCUUAGUUCUCACUGACUGAGACUUGUCUGUUCCCCUGCCCCCUGUCCUGUCUGUUCUCCAGCAUGCUGUGUCUGUGUGUCCUUGGAGGCUCCUGGAUGACAGCUCUGAUGUUGACAUUGAUGCUGCUGAGCCCUCCCCUGGCUUGGGCAAGGGAUACCCCAGCACAUUACAUGCAGCAGUUUAAGUUUGAGUGUUAUUAUUUCAACGGGACGGAGCGGGUGCGGCUCCUGGCCAGACACAUCUAUAACCGGGAGGAGUUCGCGCGCUUCGACAGCGACGUGGGGGAGUUCCUGGCGGUGACGGAGCUGGGGCGGCCCAUUGCUGAGUCCUGGAACCGGCAGAAGGACGUCGUGGAGCUGAAGCGGGCCGAGGUGGACACGGUGUGCCGACACAACUACGGGGUUUCCGAGAACUUCUUGGUGCCGCGGCGAGUGGAGCCCACCGUGACCGUGUACCCCGCGAAGACCCAGCCCCUGCAGCACCACAACCUCCUGGUCUGCUCGGUGAAUGGCUUCUAUCCGGGCCACAUCGAGGUCAAGUGGUUCCGGAACGGCCAGGAGGAGGAGGCUGGGGUCGUGUCCACAGGCCUGAUCCGUAACGGAGACUGGACCUUCCAGACCCUGGUGAUGCUGGAGACGGUUCCUCGGAGUGGAGAGGUCUACACCUGCCACGUGGAGCAUCCGAGUCGCACGAGCCCUGUCACCGUGGAGUGGCGUGAGUAGCU